AGCACACUGAACACACACACACACACACACACGAGAGCUUCAGUUUCCAAGAGCAGAGCCGCUCCAGUAGUAGUGUCGAGGCGGAGAGGGGAAACGCUCGCGACUUAUCUCUGAACAUCAUUCUCUGCAAACUCAUACACACAGCACACUCGGGUCGGAUUUAAUCCCCAAAAAAGUCAUCUGCAUGAUCGGGGGACACAAACACGCGCAGUAUGGUCCGGGAAACCAGACACUUAUGGGUGGGGAAUUUACCUGAAAAUGUACGAGAGGAGAAAAUCAUCGAGCACUUCAAACGAUAUGGACGAGUGGAAAGCGUCAAGGUCCUUCCAAAGCGGGGAUCUGAAGGUGGAGUGGCCGCCUUUGUGGACUUUGUGGACAUUAAAAGCGCACAGAAGGCUCACAAUACUAUCAACAAGAUGGGGGACAGAGACCUGCGGACUGAUUACAAUGAGCCAGGGACUAUUCCAAGUGCUGCACGAGGCCUGGACGAUAGCCUGUCUAUAGCAACACGCGGGCGCGAUGUAUCGGGGUUCACAAGGGGGGCGGGGGCCACAGUUUAUGGGCCUCCUGCAUCACUCCACAGCAGAGAGGGACGAUAUGAACGCAGACUAGACGGGGCUUCAGAAAGCCGGGAACGCACUUAUGAUCACAAUGCCUAUGGACACCAUGAGCGUGGCAGUAGCAGCAGUAGUUUUGAUCGCCAGCGGCACUACGAUACGGAAUAUUAUCGGGACCCUCGGGACCGGACUCUUAGUGGAGGUGGUAGUGGGAGUGCUAGUUCCUCUAGUGCAAGUACAGGAGGGGCCUCUUUAGUGGUCACUGGAGGGUCUGGAGGAACAGGUACAAGCAGCAAUGCGGCCGGCGGAAGCGGCGGCAAUGCUGCUGGAACAGGAAGCGGGGGAUCCACAUCAGGCGGAGUUAGCUUUUAUGGAUCUCGAUGCCGGAGCCCUGGUCGCUUUGAGACUACAGAAACACGCUACGAGGCCCGUGCACGUGAAUCAUAUACACUGGCCAGCGUGGUGCACCGGGAUCUCUAUCGGGAGGAAAGAGGCAGACGAGGAGAUAGGACUUAUCGCCACAGCCGCAGCCGGUCUCCACACACCUCACAGUCACACAAUGUUUCACCACAGAGGUUGACCAGCCCGGCAGCAAGACCCCCUCAUUCCCCAAACGGAUCAGGGUCCCGUAGCCGGUCUUCUAGUUCUGACUCGGCCAGCAGCACCAGCAGCAGUGGCAGUGGCAGUGAAUCCAGUAGCAGUUCCAGUGAUGAGUCUCCAGCGCGAUCUGUUCAGUCAGCCGCUGUGCCGGCUCCUUCUUCUCAACCUCUGCCUCCAAUGGAUAAAGAUGAGCCUCGCAAGAGUUUUGGUAUCAAAGUGCAGAACCUCCCUGUGCGUUCAACAGAUACAAGUCUGAAAGACGGCCUUUUCCAUGAAUUUAAGAAGCAUGGAAAAGUGACAUCAGUUCAGAUUCAUGGUGCCUCUGAAGAAAGAUAUGGACUUGUCUUUUUUCGUCAGCAAGAGGACCAGGAAAAAGCUCUUAGUGCAUCAAAGGGGAAGCUAUUUUUUGGGAUGCAAAUUGAUGUUACUGCUUGGACUGGCCCUGAGACCGAAAGUGAGAAUGAAUUCCGGCCACUUGAUGAACGGAUAGAUGAAUUUCAUCCCAAAGCUACACGAACGCUGUUCAUCGGAAAUUUAGAGAAGACCACAAGUUACCAUGACCUGCUUAAUAUCUUUCAGCGCUUUGGGGACAUUGUUGAUAUUGAUAUAAAGAAGGUAAAUGGUGCCCCACAGUAUGCCUUUCUGCAAUAUUGUGACAUUGCUAGUGUCUGCAAAGCAAUAAAGAAAAUGGAUGGCGAGUACCUUGGGAGUAACAGGUUAAAGUUAGGAUUUGGAAAAAGUAUGCCUACUACAUGCGUGUGGCUGGAUGGCCUGGCUUCUAACAUUACAGAACAGUAUCUUACAAGACAUUUUUGCCGUUAUGGACACGUUGUAAAGGUUGUGUUUGACAGACUGAAGGGAAUGGCCCUUGUCCUUUAUAACAAUAUUGAAUGUGCACAGGCUGCAGUAAAGGAAACCAAGGGUUGGAAGAUUGGGGGUAACAAAAUUAAGGUUGACUUUGCCAACCAUGAGAGUCAGAUGGCUUUUUACCGUUCAAUGCAAGCAUCAGGACAAGACAUCAGAGAUUUUUAUGAUAUCCUUUCUGACCGUCGAGAUGAACGGAGACCACUCUAUCAUGAAUUCUCAAAUGAACGGGCAUGCUAUGAAAACGUAAGAACUCCUGGAACCUAUGCAGAAGAGCUACGUCGCAAAUAUUCUGCCAGAAGUCGAGAAUUUUACACAGAAUGGGAUCCCUACACGGCUGACUACUAUGACCCAAGAUAUUAUGAUGAACCUUGCGAAUUCAGAGACUACCGAGACCCUUAUGAGCAAGAUAUAAGAAAAUAUAGCUACAUGCAGCGUGAACGCAAUAGAGACAGAGAGCGCUUUGAGACAGAGAGAGAACGUGAUCAUAGCCGACGGACAGCUGAACACAACCAAAGUCCAACUCAUCCACGUCGUCCUUCUAGCCCAACUGCUUCCCCUGUUCUAACUGAGCGCCUGGUUAAUGACUCUGAACAUCAUAUUUAUAGUCGCUCAUCUGAGAGAAGUGGCAGCUGCAGCUCGAUUUCUCCACCACGCUUUGAAAAGCCGGACAGAAUUCGUCUGGAGCGUUACAGUAAAAGUGAUAAACUUGAGAAGGAAAGGCCACUUUUUGAAGCAGAACGUGGAAGUGGAGGGGAAAAAGAAAGACGAACUGGACGUAAGGAUAAAGGAGAAAAGGACAGGACUGAGAAGCACAAAUUAAGGAAGUUAAAACUUUCAUCUCCUGGCAUUCCAUCAUCUGAGGCAGACCUUGAACCUGACAGGGAGGCUAGCCCUGAUACAGCCCAGCGUAAUUCUGGCAAAACACUGGCCAGCGAAAAAGAAUCUGGAAAGGGGAGACUAGAUCUUCCACCUUGUGUUGUUCAUUUAACACGUGUCAAAGAAAAGGAAGGCAAGUUUAUUGACCAUGCCAUUGUUGAGAAACAAAGAAUAAAGGAUGCCAGUGAGCAUGUCAAUUCUCCAACUCCACCACCACUGGCUGAUCACAAGACUAUGUUGCAUCGUAUAGAAAUUCAAAGUAGAGAGGUCCUUAAACAUGGAAAAAUGGCAAAAGAUAAAUGUUUGUCUAGCCAAGUAGAGAUUGUAGACAAAGAAAGCAAAAUCAAAGGCAGAAAAUACCUUAAAGCUGAGCCUGCAUUUGAAAAAAGCAAUUCUGAUGCCGAUCGCUUAGCUGCCCGAAAAAGGCGUUUUGAGGAAGAAACAACAAGAUCUAACCGCAUGAGAAGAAUAACCCAGGAUGAAGAUGAUGGACGAUUUGGACUGAAGUGGCUGGGCAGUAUACGUUUCUCAAAGGGGCUGGAUGAGGACAAGAAAUUUGCUCAACUUGAGACGCCCAUGCGAGAGAGCAGAAUUGGUAAGAAAGAGGGUCCGCUUACUAUAAGUUCCACAAGUGAUGAGCCAGACUCAGAAAUGAGCAAAAAUCUUGGUCACAAUAUAGACCUGCAACUUAGGGAACUGGCAGAGGAUGAAACGGAUCCUAUAAACAAUCUUGAUCAGAGGACGCGUGGUUUUGGGGCAAAGGAUCAGCAGUACCUCAGUCUUAAGGUUUCUGAUGACAGAAACUUAAAAAUAGAACAGCACUUAAUUGACCUUAAAAGGCAUUCUACAUUGCAACAAAUAGAUGCACUGAAUAGUGAAGAAAGGUUGCUCUUUGACCUGGACCACUCAAAAAGCUGUAGAAAACAAAUGGAGCAAAAUCGUCGUCUCCACCAGCAGCUACAAGACUGUGACAAUACAGAUAAAACUGAAAGUACACUCAGCACUGAUGUACAAGAAUUCAAUCAUCAAGUGUCUGGUAAACCCCCUCUGGAGCUUUCUGAUGUUUCACCGCCUCUAAAGCGAAAGAGGACAGAAGCAUUUGAUUAUCAUUUUGCCACUAACAAAGAGUGCAAUUAUCAGGGUUCCAGGCAACUAAAAGAUGAUUCUGAAAGGAAUGUUACCUCUGCCUUACUGGAUGAGGAUUUGCCUACUGACUUAUUACAUAUGAAUGCAGAUAAAGCAAAAAACAUACCUAAACCGGAAAAUAACUCACACUGGGAUGGAUUUAAAUGCAAUAAUCAUAACACUGUCACAGGCAUAGACAUAUUCAAGGCUAAGAAAUCACUGAUGGGUAAUGAGGGUCUGUGCUGGGAGAGUAAAAUGAAACAGGACACACUGAAAGAAAUGAGCUUUCCCAGCACCAUUGUGAAACGUGAGAGCAUCAGAAAGCGCCCUGUUCAUGAACUGGAGCCUGGAGAGGUUCGGUCAGACUCUGAGGAUGAGGAUGAUGAUAAUGAUGAUGAUGAUUAUGAUGACUAUACACAAAUGUCACCAAAGCUGGACUCUUCCCUCAAAAGAGAAUGUGAGGGAAACAUUUUGGACCUCAAGCUCUCAGGUUCCUUAGAGAAAAACAAGUUCUAUGAAUUUGCACUGGAUAAGACAAUAACACCAGACACAAAAGCCUUGCUUGAGAGGGCUAAGUCUCUCUCUUCAUCAAGGGAAGAUAAUUGGUCCUUCCUUGGCUAUGACUCGCGGUUCACAAACUUUCGAAAUUGCACAGACAAAGAGAAAGUUGAGCCCACGCCCAGACCCAUUCCAUCCUGGUAUAUGAAAAAAAAGAAAAUCCGGUCUGACUCUGAAGGAAAGAUUGUUGACAGAAAAGAAGAGGACCCAAAGCGAGAAGAACAAGAGAAUGGGGAACUAUUCGCCUCUCGUUUUCUGCACAGCUCUAUCUUUGAGCAGGACUCAAGACGUCUUCGACAUCUUGAAUGCAAAGACAAUGACCCAGAGAUUGGAAUCAGUAGAGAGAAAGCUACGGUCACUGUAGAAAAGGCAGAGACUAUAGGAACAGACCUUGCGCAGGAACCCAUAGUGUUGUUUCAUAACCGAUUUUUGGAGCUACAGCAAAAAAAAGACAAAGAGCAAGAGACUCAUUCUUCUGAAAAAACCAUAGAAGCUGACGCACUUGAGAAAAUUACUGUGCUAGAUGAAGUUCAGUCCCCUAAAGAACAUGAUGUUGUGAUUGGUUUAAAGUCAAUAAGCCCUUCAUUGUCGGAGUCUGUCCUCAGCCCCACAGAGACAUUUUUGCGCCAGAAUAAAUCAGCCUGCCCUGUUAUUGAGUCCUCUUUGUUGUCAGUUAAAGAUGAAAAAUUAGAAGAUACUCAAAUAGUCUCUGAUCAACUGACUAGCCCCAUGAACGACAUUAAAGCAACUCUUGCAGUAAGCACACCACCUUUGACAAACAUGGAAAAAACUGAAGUAGAACCCGAAGAGGAGAUUUAUGAACACAAAGGAACUGUAGUGAGCACCUUAACUGAGGAACAAAAUGCUAAUGUAAAACCUCUGACACCUGGUGCAUGCAUAGGUAAUUUGGAGGUAGAAUCUGAUCCUGCUGAGUGUCUGUCUCCUAUUCCAGUUAUGCUUAAAGAUGUACAAGUGCCUCUUAAGGAAGAACAGGCUGAAGAGAAAACAGAAUAUCUUGACUGUAAUUCUCAGCAGAAUGUGGAGUCAUCUCUGGAGAUGCAGUUAGUGGUCUCUGAACCUGAGGUCGAACCAACACAACCAGCACGGAAACAAACUAAGAAUAAAAAAACAAAAGCAAACCCAUCAGCAUUAUUACCCAUGCUGCCAACUCAACCAACUAGCAAUGAAAAACCAGCAAUACGAAAGAGUGAACGGAUUGACAGAGAAAAGCUAAAAAGAGCUUCAUCACCAAGAGGAGAGGCAACAAAAACCAUGUCUGACUCCAAAAACUCUUCAAAAUCACCUGUUUAUGCAACAGAUUUGGAACAAAUCAAUGACUCAAGCAUGUCCCAUGGCAGAACACGGCAGCGACGGAAUGUUCGUUCUGUCUAUGCCACACCACAUGAGGAUGAGGCACAACAACAGCAAGGCAAAGAUUGUGCCGAAUCUUCACGUUCCAUGCGCAAGCGUCCUGAUAAAGAAUCUGUACAGCAGGAUGUAUUGACUCCACCAGUCAACACAAGGAGAGGCCGUCCACCAAAAACACGCAAAAGAGUGGAUGAUGUGUCUCCACUGAAGGUGGAGCAGACAAAUACACCUGAAGCUGAUGAUACUAAUAUCAAAGAGUCUGGAAAAGGUGGUGAAAUGACUAAAGUUGUAGAGGGGUGGCGGUCUCCUCGCUCUCAAAAGGUUCAGGCAAUAGUUCGAGCUGGACCGAGCAGAAAACCAGCUAAAACAGACAAAGCAUCAGAAGCUGAUAUCUCUGAAAGCUUGAAAUCUCAAGUUAAAGCAAAAGAUGACACUCCCUCCCUGGAAAAAACUGUGAAAAAGUCAGAACCAGAUCUGACAGACAAACCACAGAUGUCUGAAAAAAGUGUGAAGGUCAAGCUCCCACGAUUGACACGCAACACCAAAACAGUUCCUAUUGAUAAGUCAGUUAAUCUUAAAAAUCUUGUUAUUGAUCUUAGUGGAGAUACAGUAAAAGAUGCACUGUAUUCUGGGGAUGAGAGCAGUCAACACUGUCAAGAUCCUUCAAAGAAAUCUAAAACAGAAUUAUCUAUUAAAGAGGAUUCUGGAACUGCAAAAGACUUUAAAGAUGUAGAUGAUCUUAGCCCAGAUGAGAGGGAAGAUGCUCUCUCUGAUGUGGAGCCUCCUGCUGGGCCAGAGGCAGUGUUUCUUGCACGUCAGAUGGAAUUAGAGAGAGCAGUGGAAAAUAUUUCUAAUCUAGCAGUUGAGCAACAACCAACCUACAAGGAACCAUCUUGUCAACCUCCUGUUGUAUUAACGCCUGUUGCAGCAGAGCCCGAUCAACCUGAGGUAGAAAAGCCUGCCAAUCCUGCAAGUGAAACCGAGCUUGCUGCUGCAAUUGAUUCAAUUACUGCUGAGAAUAGUUCUGCUGAUGCAGACGGAUUUCAUACUUCUCCGACAUAUACAUCACUCCUUCCACCAUCAGAGUCACUCGUCUUGCCCACUUCAAAUGAGGUCAUAGAACCAGAGACAGCCUUGGUAAUAAAGAAUGUAAGGGAUUUUGAGCCAAGCAGUAGUUUGACUCCCGAUACAAAGUCAUCUCAACCAACAGUUGUUACUAAAUGUCCACCAUCAGAGGUACCAAAGAAGGGAGGAAGACCGCGACUUAAAACUCCAAAGAAGUACAAAGGUCGAAAGGUUUCUACCAACAAAAAAUCAGACUUGAUACCACAUGUAGUACUGGAAGCUGAAUUGACAGCAGUUAAACUACCUGAGUCAAUUCCUGAAGACAUGCAAACUGCCAAUCCUAAAACAGCCACCUCAGCUGCAGCAGCUACUGUAGUGACUGUGGCUGCUGCAUGUAAACAUGACGUUGCAUCAGUGGUGACAUUAAACACUCCAAAGGAGGCGGAACAACCUGCUAUAGACCAACCUGAACCUCAAGAAUCAGCCUUCCAUUCUGGAACUAACAGUCCUUCAUAUUUAAGGUCACCCGAACCAUUAUCAGAACCAGUAGCACUUGCUCUGACCCCACCAUCAACCUGCCUAAAUGUAAUGCCAUCCCAUUCAGCUAAAGUACCUCACACAACCCCAGACUGGGUGACCAGAACAGAGGAGAAAGUGAAACCUCCUAUACACAAAGUUGCUGUGGUUGCAUCAGCACCAACUGUGGUAUUAGGGGGUCACUCUGCAAAUACUGCAAAUCCCCCUGACACAAAAGCCUCUGAUAUUGAUCCUAGCUCUAGCACCUUAAGGAAGAUUCUAAUGGAGCCAAAAUAUGUUUCUGCUUUAAACAGCAGUUCUGUGCCAAGCAUGCUGCUCACAACAUCAAUAAAUGACCCCAGAAUCUCAGAGAAUGAGAAUUCACCUUUUAUAAAAUCCAGAGUACUUGAGGAUAGGCCCAGUCCUGUAACACCAAUUACACCUCAAAUGGUGCCUCCACAACAGCCUCCUCCACAACACAGUGAAAAUCUGAAUAUCUAUAAGGAAAAAAUGGGCAACACAGUUAUCUCUUCUACUGCUACCUCUGUCAUUAGUCGAAUUCCUAUGCCCUUUGAUUUUGACAACACUCCUCGUAUAUCUUUGAGCAACCGCAGCUCUGGACCCACUCAGCCCAAGCACAAGUAUCGUUUUGGUAUGAAUGACAACAAUAGGUACCACGGACUCUCAAAUUCAGAUGAGGGACGAUCUUCUGAUAAUAUGCCUAGUAACACAGGCUCAGGUCCUGGUUUGAGGGUAAACACCUCAGAGGGUGUGAUGGUACUGAGUUAUUCAGGGCAAAAGACGGAGGGUCCCCAGCGUAUUGUUGCUAAAAUUAGCCAAAUCCCUCCAGCCAGUGCUGUGGACAUUGAAUUUCAGCAGUCUGUUUCAAAAUCUCAUGUUAAACAAGAGCAACUUCAACCUCAGCCAUCUACUCCUAAAGCAUCCCAGACACCCACAGCUCAAGGACACACAGGUGCUAUUUUAAGCAACCAUGGGUUCAACAUUCAGCCUGUCAUUUCCUCCAUAAAAAAGGAAGGUCAUGUUUCUGACAAAUCUGAAUCAUCACAUAUUGGUUCACAGGGUACUCCUUUGAAAACAUUCCAACAUUUAAGUCCCAGUCAUCAGGUCUUGAGGUACAAUCAAUCCAUGUUACAGCAACAUCAUAUAAAAAAAGCAUCUGCAGAAUCAGUUUCAGUGAAAGCUGAUGUUAAACAAUCACAAUCCUUCAAACACAGCCCUGUGUUAAGUCCACACCCCUCCCCUUUGCCAGGAAAUCACAUUUCAAGUCCAACUACUCCUAAUGAUAGAUUGGUCUGUCAUCCAAAACAUGAGCUACACUGUCCAAGGACAUUAGCCUCUCCAUUCUCUAAAGUUUGUCCACCUAGUGCCUCAGUAGGCCAGGGGGCAAGUGGAUCUAACUACGUGACAAACAUGCAUCAUUCUGAGCAGUCUGUCAUCAUGCACCCUCACAAUGCCACACAAUCUGUCACAAUCGGUCAGUUGUCUCAAGGAAAUGUCAGAAUGAAUACUUCUCCUCUAGUUGGAAUUAACUAUGGAAUACGUCCAGAUUCUCUAUCCUCUCCAACAUCCGGUCCUCCACAACGGUCCACUACUCCCCAGCCAGCAAUAAUCAGAGAUAGACUUUUGAAGCAACAUGCAAGUGUUGGGGAGGUGAGUGGGGCAAAUGAAAAUGAUGUGCGACACUUCCAUCAAGGAACACGUAGGACAUCUGUGGCUCAGUUACACUCAGAUGUCGUGGUAAUGCAGCCGGAGUACAAAGCGAUACAUCAUGCAGGGUUGCAUCUGGAUCACUACAACAGAGAUCUACGUGUACUUAUGCCCCAACAGUUAACAGAGCACCAAGGUGUUCUUGAAGCUCACAAGGCUCAAACACCAGAGCCUCCGUCACUGUCAUCACCGUCACAUAUAUCUUCGGCAUCUUCAAAAUCACCUUCUGUUAAGAAUCCCCCAAUGACUCUGAGAGACUCGCCAAAGACACUGGAGGUGACUACGUCAAAGUCUGCUCAUUCUCCUCAUUCAGAGAGUAGAGUAAUUGGUCAUAAUCCUGGCUCAGUCAUUUCCUCUCAAGGAGUACAGCGGAUACAUCCUGGCAGUCCUGGCUCCAUGCCUGAGUUUUAUAGAGAAAUGCAUGGCUUCCAUUCCCAGUUACCUGGUUCCUCAGUAAUUGGGAUUAACAUGGCUAAUUAUGGCAUUGCACCAUCUCAGAGUUCUCAGGAGGGUGAACACAGAUCUAAAGCUGCCCAUAUUGCAUCUGGCGGUCCACUUAGAGAAACAACAAUUAACAUGCCACAUGUAAGGCAUCCAGGCUCAAUGGAUAUGUCUCAUGUGCAUCGGAUCCAGGGCGAGACCACCUCUCCAGCUUACGCCUCUCCAAAUUCCAUUACCCCCAAAUCGGAAUUAUCUCACUCUUUACAGAAAGGACCUCAGAUUCUUUCAUCAGGGCUCAUGUCAUUACUUCCUCCAGCACCAUCCAAUAUGAGACCUGAUAUCAAACCUGACAGUGCUGGGCAUCCUUCGGUUGACAUGGUUCAACUGUUGAAGAAGUAUCCUAUUGUAUGGCAAGGUCACUUGGCACUCAAGAAUGAUAGCGCUGCAGUCCAGUUACACUUUGUUUCUGGUAAUAAUGUCCUGGCUCACCGUUCACUCCCUCCUUCAGAAGGAGGUCCCCCUCUUCGCAUUGCCCAGAGAAUGCGUUUAGAAGCUUCACAACUUGAGGGAGUUGCAAGGAGGAUGACUCUUGAGGAUGAUUACUGUCUCCUGUUGGCGUUACCAUGUGGCUUGGACCAAGAUGAUGUCCUCAUUCAGACUCAUGCUCUCAAAACCUGCUUUAUCACGUACCUGCAGGCAAAACAAGCUGCUGGAAUUAUCAAUGUCCCCAACCCAGGCUCCAAUCAGCCAGCCUAUGUUGUCCAAAUAUUUCCUCCUUGUGAGUUUUCUGAGAGCCACUUGUCUCACCUUGCUCCAGACCUCCUCAAGAGCAUUUCCAGCAUCUCACCGCAUCUAAUGAUUGUUAUUGCAUCUGUUUAGGACUUUCCAGAAAGAGCCCAUUCCUUAAAUAAGAAUUAUGCCAACACCAGCUAAACAGCGUUCUGGAAAAUGCCUCAGUGGAUUUUCUCCUCUGUGGUCUUUACUCGUGCUUUCAUUCUUUUCCAUUCUUUCGCCAAAUCCUUUAUUCUUUCUGUGACUUCAAAAUCCAUUUAACCCAAGGUCAAGCGUGCACAGUCGUAAAUGGAGCUUUUAUAAUGAUCAAUUUUCUGAUCACUUUAUUGUUUUCAUUGCUUUUUUGAAAGUUUUGAAAGCGUAUCUGAUUUAUUUUAUUUUUUUUUUUAAAAAAAAAACACCUUUACAAACUCUUUUAAAGACAUUGGACUAAGAAACAGUUGAUUUUUAUUUUAUUGAAAUAAUGAUUGUGAUUUCUUAUUUUUAAAAACUUCUUAAGAAGAUGGAAGAGAUCAAUCAUUGCACUAUGUUAAGGAAAUAAUAAUAAAAAAAAUCCAAUAUGUAAGACUUUGUACAGAUUUGAAUAUUAAUGUGGUGCAUAUAUUACUUUGACAUGCUUCUUUCACCAGCCAUGUGUAUUUGAAAAUGAAAACUAUUUCAGUUGGAGAGAGAAAGAGAGAGGGGGGGUGGCAUUUUCUGAAAUUUAUUUGGGAAUUGUUGGAAAGCUAUGUAUGAUAAAUUUGUUGUAUGUAUUGCAUCUACUGUCUAGUCUCCAGUUAGUAAUUCCAUGACAUUUUUUAAAAACAACUCCCAGUCUACACUCUUAUUUCCCAAAGGGACAGAGUAAAUGUGAGUUGUAGAGUUUACAUUUGAUGCCUCAGUAGGGGAUUGUAUGUACAUUAUUCUCUUUCUACUCAAAACUUGAGGUAAUUUGGGAAGUGGGACUGUGUACAUAUUAUAAAUAUUUAAAUACUUUCAGAGCAGGCCCUGUGACUCUAUAACAGAAGUUGCCAUUGACUAUAAAACUAAAUUUCAUCAGUAUCAAAUUGCAUUGUUUUAUAAUCAGUUCAGUGCCAAAUUUUUUAAAAGGGAAAAAAACAAAACAAAUUUUAUUUUUAAUACUUUGUACUUGUCACUGGAUCUUUUAAUGUUCUGCUUUCACUUCGAAUCAUUUCAUAUAUUUGUGGUCUCCUAUCUGUUGUGUUCUGUUAUUAUAUAUAUUUUUUUUACUUUAAAAUAUGUGACUCCUUAAAGUGUAUUCAUAUUUUUUUAAUCAAUUUGCAUCAUGUUUGACCUCUUAAUUAGAUAUGCCUCUGAAUGUUGACCUGUGCCAUGGAAAUGGUCAAAAUUUAUUUGCUAAGAAAAAGAAAGCAAACUGUACAAAUAUGUUCUCACAUGCCUUUUCUUCUGCUGCCUGUCUCCCUGAGCCAAGAUGUAAAUACUCAUUUAUUCUGUGUAUGUCGUGAUUUUAUUUUCAUAUUUUUUCAGGGUUGUUAUUUUGUUUUGUAGAACAAAACGAAAGUCUGAAGAAACAGAACUACGAGUAAAGCGAUGCAGAAAUUAAACCAUGUGUCCUAUUGCAGGUUUAUUAUAACCGCAAAUUGAUGGCUCAUGAAAAAUGAAGGCACUUACAUUUUUUUCUAAGUAAAUGAAAAUGUUUCAAAUACCAAAAUGAAAAGAAACAGCUCUUUAAAUUUUGUCUGUAAUUUUUUUUUUUCUCUUUGUUGUUCGUGUAUGUUUCUGUUCCUCUAUGAGGACAUUAAAACAUUGUUGGGAAACCCUUUUUCAGAUCAUUAAAUGGUCAUUCAU